AUGCUUUCUGCAGCACAAGGUCAGUGGCCGGUCCAGAGAGUCUGCUUCUGCUCCCAAAACCUGAUCCAACGGCACAAAUCUUUAGGAGCAAUUCCUCUAGAAGCAAAGUGUUUUGAGGAAAAUCCCCCGAACUGUUCCAUCCACGCAUUCAAGAUCCAAGGGUUAAAGAAUACAAAUAAGAAACUAUGCUUCAAACCUGAAGCUUCACAGAUACGUACAUUUACCAAAACUCAUGCCCAUCUGAGUCUCUGUGGUUUCACUGAAGUCCAAAGUGCCGGGAUUGUGACUCACACCAUGUGA